AUGGAAAUUUCUACGGAACAGACCCUAGCAAGCAACUCGGAUGGUAUCACCUCAGAAGAGGACCGGCGGGUAAUAGUUCCCUCAAAAUUCAUUGCAGAAGGAGCAGACUCUGGUUUUGAGAAGAAAGAACAUUCAUGGCUUGCCAUGUCUCAGAUUCCAACAGAUCUGUCAAUUCAAGUUCAAGAAAUCACCUUCUACGUUCACAAGUAUCCACUGAUCUCCAAGUGCGGCUACUUCAGCCGAAUAGAGCUCCGGCCCCAGAUUUCAGAUGCAUGCUGCGAUCUCAAGCUUGAUAACUUUCCUGGUGGUGCAGAAACAUUUGAAAUCAUAUUGAAAUUCUGCUACGGCCUCCCUAUAAGUUUGAACGUAAGUAACGUAGCAGCCCUAAGAUGUGCAUCAGAGUUUCUUGAAAUGACAGAGGCACUGGAAGAUGGAAACCUGAUCUCCAAGACUGAAGCUUUCUUUACAUUUGUAGUCCUCUCUUCAUGGGGAGACUCCAUUGCCGUCCUCAAAUCAUGUGAAACACUGUCCCCGUGGACAGAGAACCUUCAAAUUGUCCGAAGAUGCUGCGACACAAUAGCUUGGAAGAUUACCGGAGAAACCUCAACAAUAGGAGGGCUAGCAAAUGGGGAAAAGUGGUGGUUCAAUGAUGUGAGCACUCUACGAAUAGACUACUUCACGAGGAUCAUAACAGGACUCAAGGCAAAAGGGGUGAAACCUGAGAUUAUUGGUUCAUGUAUCAUCCAAUACAAGGAGUACUGGUUGCCAAGUACAGAGCCUGAGAGAGAAGCAGCUGGGAGCACUAACUAUGGACGACGCGAGAUGCAAUGGAAAAUCAUAAGUGGAAGAAAGCAGGAAGAGGACAUUGGACCAACAAAGGAGCAGCGGUUGAUGGUGGAGAGCCUAGUAAGCUUACUACCUCCGGAGAAAGAAGCAGUCCCUUGUAAGUUCCUUCUGAAGAUGCUAAAGAUGGCAUUACUCUACUCGGCAUCCCCAGCAAUAGUUUCAGAGCUUGAAAAACGAGCUGGUUUGGUGUUAGAAGGUGCAGAUGUGAAUGAUCUUCUAAUACCUAGUUAUGCAGCAGGUGAUCAAGGGAAGCUGGUAGAUUCCACUGAAGAAAAAACUAUGCACAACACAGAGAUUGUGCAGAGGAUUUUGGAAUAUUUUUUGAUGUAUGAACAGCAGCAGCUGCAACAACAGCAUUCUGGACCAUUGGCCAUAAGCAAACUUCUAGACAGCUACCUAGCAGAAAUUGCAAGAGAUCCUAAGCUUCCAGUUACCAAGUUUCUGUUUUUAGCUCAGUCCUUGCCAGAAAAUGCUCGGACAAGUGAUGACGGCCUCUACAGAGCCAUUGACACCUAUCUCAAGACUCACCCAUCACUACCAGAUCACGAACGAAGGAGGCUAUGCAAAGUCAUGAAUUGUGGGAAGCUUUCACUAGAUGCAUGUGCACAUGCAGCACAAAAUGAUAGGCUGCCACUGAGAACCAUGAUUGAGGUCUUAUUCGCAGAGCAAAUGAAAAUAAGAGCGGCUAUACAAGGAAGUGGUCAGACAGAAACUGCUGAUAAAUCGGAUCUGGAGAGUAAUGCAUCAGCAACAAACAAAGAAGUCAACACCCUCAAAAUAGAACUUGAGAAAGUGAAAUUGCAAAUGAGUGAACUGCAAAGUGAUCGCUCAGAGUUACAGCAACAAUAUAAAAAGCAGAAACCCAAACAAAGGAACUCAUCAGCUUGGAAAGUUGGGUGGCGGAAAAUCAGAAAGUCUGCUCUUUUCAGUUUGAAAGCAGACGAGGAAGAAACUGAUGAGAGCCGAAACAGACCUAAACAAACUCGCAGAAGUGGCUUACUCCGCAGGCGCAGGCAAUCAGUAUCAUGAAAUCAUUAAAUAUAUUUUCCCCAAACCUCCAGAACAGUCAGUACUAGAAAUGGCAAUUCAUUUAUAGCCAACUGGUUUAGUUAGGUUCACUAAUAACUAGAUAAUGCCAAAGCUUGUAAUUGUAUUCCAUGAGUUGUAAAAUAUUAUAAGACUUAAACAGUAAGGCAAGAUACUUUCGGUAUUUCA